AUGCGAGAAGCUAAGAUACAAGUGAUAAGAGCAGCAAAUUUAGCAUGUGAGCUCUUUGUUGAGCAAACAGGCAACGCUGAUUCCAGAAAUGUCUGUCUAACACAAGAUUCUGAUGAUGUGCAUCAUUCUGUUACGGCAUUAAGUAUUGACCAGCUAGUUUAUGGUCUUAAAGACUACACACUCUUCCAUGGAAACACUUGCGACAAGUGUGGUGCGUGCUCAUUGAAUAGGAUUUCAAGGGGAUCCCAGCAGUACUGUGCCCUCACCGUCCCCGAGCUGACCCAGCAGAUGUGGGAUGUCAAGAACAUGAUGUGCGCAGCUGACCCACGACAUGGGCGCUACCUAACAGCAUCAGGCAUGUUCCGUGGGAAGAUGAGCACCAAGGAGGUGUACGUUGCGCUAGAUUGA